AGCUUAGACCUCGACAGUGUCAGAGAAAAUGGAGCCUGGUCCCUGCUCAAUAAAGCACAGCUCGGGAAACAUUAACAUGUCUCAGCUGAGCUUGUAUGAAAAUUUGGAAUCAUUCGCAAUGGAGGAUCAGCAAGGAAAUAAAGACUGGGUGAAACCCCAAGUUGAAGCUGAACCUAACGUGGAGAAUCACAGAAGGAGGAACAUCCUACUGCUCAUCUCUGGUCUCCUGUGUUCCUGUGUCUUUCUGAGUUUCGUAUUUCUGCUAGCCGGAUUGUUGAAAAUUUCAGCGAUGCAUAUGGAAAUGAAACAGCUGCAAGAGAACUUACAGCUGGAGUUUGCUCAGUUCAAAAACAAUGUAUCUGAAGAAGUUGAGAGAAACCACAGUGAUAUGGCAGGCGAGCUUUCUAAGAUGAGAAUCAAAGUGUCUGAAGAAAUUGAGACAAUGCACAGCGAUGUAACAGGAGAACUUUCGAAGAUGAAAAUCAAAGGAUGCUCCUGUCUCCAGUGCCCCAUUAACUGGCAUGAAUUUAAUCAGGCCUGUUACUACUUUUCCACCCAAAGUGGCAACUGGCAAUUUGCAAAGCAGCAAUGCUCCUUAAAUGAUUCACAUCUGCUUGUGAUCAGCAGCGCUUCGGAGCAGGAUUUUAUAAAGAAAGAAGCAAGCUCUAAUAUGUACUGGAUCGGACUGAACGAUCUUGUGUCUGAAAGAAAGUGGCAGUGGGUUGAUGGCACAACUUAUGAAUUAUCAUCAACGUUCUGGGCUGCUGGAGAACCCAACAACAGGAACAGUGAGGACUGUGUCCACAUUGAUGACAAAGGAAGAUGGAAUGACAACAAGUGCUCCACAAACUUUUUCUGGAUUUGUGAGAAACAGAAAAACUCAGCAUGAAAUUUCUGCUGCACGACCUGAGCAGACGUUUUCUUCAUUGUUAGUUAGUAUCUGAAAGAUAUACAAUAUUCCAGGCUGAGCAACAACGCAUUCAAAUCAACUCACUUCAAUUCAACUCAACUCAGCUCAACUUCACUAAGAUCAACUCAGCUCAAUUCAACUAAUCUCAGUUCAACUCUACUCAAAUCAACUCAAUUCAAAUGAACUCAACUCUAUUCAACUCAAAUCAGCUGAAGUCAACUCAUCUCAGCUCAGCUCAUCUCAAAUCAACUCAGCUCAUCUCAACUUAACCCAAUUCAACUCAACUCAUCUCAGCUCAGCUCAUCUCAAAUCAACUCAGCUCACCUCAACUUAACCCAAUUCAACUCAACUCAAAUUGGCUCAGCUGAACUCAAUUCAAAUCAACUCACCUCAGCUCAUCUCAAAUCAACUCAACUCAGCUCAUCUUUACUUCACUCAAAUCAACUCAUCUCAACUCAGCUCAACUUAAUUCAAUUUAAUGCAAUUCAAUUCAACUCAAAUGACCUCAGCUCAACUCAACUAAGCUCAACUCAAUUCAAUCAACUUAACUCAGCUUAACUCAACGAUGCCUGUAACAUGCUUGUAAUUUGUUUCAGAUUUCCAGCAUCCGUAGUAUUUUGCUUUUAUCAACCAUGCCUGUGCUUGUUUCUACACUGCUUAUCUUAUAGCUGACUGAAUAAAGACGAAUAGGUUAUA